AUGCCCACCAUGGUGAAGACUCGAAUUUCUGAAGACGAUGAGAAGGCCAUCAUCAUUGGCAUAGACUUUGGCACGACCUUCUCCGGUGUCAGCUGGGCCUACUCCGGUCAGCCCGACAAUAUCGAGGUCAUCAGCUGCUGGGAAUCCAAGAUAAAUCUCAACUCCGACAAAGGGAAAGUGCCCUCUUCCAUUCUUUUCCGAGGAAAACGCGGCAACUCUUCUUGGGGAUAUGCCAUACCCAGAGAUGGAAAGCAGGAGCCGUUGAAGUGGUUCAAGCUCUUGCUUGUUGAUGAGCGUGACCUUCCCGAGAACGUCCGAGAUUCUAGCCAGAUUGCUACGGCUAGGAGACUGGCUAGAAGCGCGAACAAAGAGCCGGUCGAGAUCAUCAGUGGAUAUCUCCAGAACUUAUGGAAUCACUCCAUAGAGUGCAUUGUCAGCACAGUUGGCGAUGCGAUGGUCAAGAUGUGCCAGUUUCACAUCGUCAUAACUCUUCCGGCAAUCUGGCCGGAUUACGCCAAGGCCAGAAUGCGCAGAGCUGCUGAAGAAGCUGGAUUGCUGGAGUCCCGUCCAGCUGGAGAGACGAGCUUGUCCUUCAUCUCGGAGCCCGAAGCGGCAGCUCUUGCUACAAUGAAAGACCUGUCGAAGAUGCCAACCGCGGAGGCAUAUCACAUCGUUGUGUGUGAUGCUGGUGGCGGCACCGUCGACCUCAUCACCUACGAGAUCCUGAGCUUGGAUCCCUUUAUCAUCAGAGAGGCUGUUCAGGGUGACGGCGACCUCUGUGGCGGCGUCUUCCUCAAUGAGGCAUUUGUCAACAUGCUUAAGGACAAGGUUACUCCUCAAGCUUGGAACAACAUUCCUGAAGAGGAGGUCAGGAAGCUAUUGAAUGACGAAUGGGAGCAAUGUAUCAAAACUUCUUUCAAGAACCAGGAUGACGACUGGCAGAUCAAUCUUCCCCCUGAGUGUCGUGUUCCUGGAUCUCAACGGCGGGGUAUGAAGCGCAAGCGCAACCUCAUCCUUGAUCAGGCGGACCUGCUCAAAGUUUUUGAUCCUAUCGUCAACCAGACAAUCUCACUGGUAGAGAAGCAGAUCGAGGCUGUCACGACGAAGACGGAGUCGAAGCCCAAGCAAAUCAUUCUUGUAGGGGGGUUUGGCAGAUGCCCAUACCUACGAAGCCGCCUCAAGGAAGAAGUUGGCAACAACAUUGAGAUUAUUCAAGGCUACGGAGACAAGCCUUGGACUGCGAUUUGUCGGGGUGCAACUAUUCAUGGACUGACGCGCCGCAACCUCGCUCCUGGUCUUGCAGUCGAAAUCAAGUCUAGAGUCUCUCGGAUGAGCUACGGCACCUGCUGCACGAUGCCCUACGACCCUGAGGAACAUGAAGAGGAAGACAGAUAUUGGUGCGAAGAUGAACUCGCAUGGAAGGUUGAUACCUGCAUGGAGUGGUUUCUUGAGCGAGGAACCGACGUCUCUUCUGCAGAUCCGGUUACCAAGUCUUACUAUCGCCUUUGGGAGUCAGUUCCUAGUCAGGUCAACGGGACGAUCUAUUCCAGCGAGGCGUGGCCUCCUCCGGAGAGAUUGGACCACCGCGUCAACGAGCUGUGCACCAUUACUUGGAAGAAGAAGAUCAACUUGGCGUCCCUUCCUCGCUUCACCAACCCCAUGGGCAAAGUCUUCGCAAAGAUCAACUACGACGUGGAGAUGACCUGCUCCGGAAAGAGCGUGGACUUCACUGUCAUUCAUGAUGGCAAGCAGGUGGCAGCUAAGAAUGUUGACGUGGUCUUCAAGUCGGACGGGGACGACCUCAACGAGUUGACAGGCUUCAUUGCACCACGACAUGGAGGCGUCCUGAAUGGGAGAAAGCGUGUAUAUUACGAAGAUUGGGCUCCCGGAAGCUUAUCAAGAUCAUCACCUGCUCGACCCGUCAUUGUGUCACGUCAGCAGAAGGCCAAUCGGACAGCGGUGCGAGGGCGGUUUCCCACAUAUCCGGGACGUUGGACCAUCCUCAUGCAUGGCCCGUAUGAUGGGCUUUGUAUGCAUGCUUCGUCAAUGCCAAAAGCUGGUGAAGUUGCGCCUCAGAUCGUGUUGCAGCUCGACUCCUUCGAGGAUGUCGCGUGGCUUGCUGUCACCUUCAUCGUGGCUACGACGGCUGUCAACCUCUUCUAUGACCAGCUGUAUUCCCAUCUGAAGCCCAAGUGGUUGUACGUCGCCAGCGUCCCUGUCUUCGAAGCGGGUAGUGCUCUCUGCGGUGCGGCGCCGAAUAUCAACAGCCUCAUCGUCGGGCGAGCACUGUGCGGUCUGGGCGGUGUUGGUAUGUAUCUCGGGGUCAUGGUGCUCAUCGCAGCGACCACGAAGAUUCAGGAGCGGCCUACGUAUCUCGCUAGUAUCGGGAUUACUUGGGGGCUAGAGUCCCUUCUUGGACCAGUUGUGGGAGGCGCUUUUGCUGACUGGGAUGCGACGUGGCGCUGGGCUUUCCAUAUCAACCUUCCCAUCGGCGGCCUAGCCGCACCGGUGUACUUCUUUAUGCUACCGUCUCCAGACCCUCAGCCUGGCGCGACUAUCCUACAGCGACUCGCCGAGAUCGACUGGAUCGGUGCUCCGCUGAUGCUCGGCACCAUCGUCUGCUUCACCAUGGGCACCUCGUUCGGAGGUGUCCUGUAUGAAUGGGACUCCGGCUCCGAGAUAGCGCUCUUCGUCGUCGCAGGCGUUCUGUUCAUCGUCUUCGGCAUCCAGCAGGCGCACUGCAUCGGCACAACCAAAGAGCGGCGCAUCUUCCCAGUCGAGCUCAUCGCCUCCCGCAAGUAUUACCGAACCAUUAUCCUCAUGUUCUGCGUUACAGCCGCCGGGGGCUGCGCCAUCUUCGUGCCUGUGUACUUUGUUCCCAUCUUCUUCCAGUUCACGAGAGGUGACAGCGCCAUCGACGCGGCUGUCCGCCUGCUCUCGUUCAGCCUGGUCAUGAUGACCGUGACCCUAACGCAGGGCGGCAUGCUGUCCCAUCUGUCCGGAAAGUUCGGGCUGUACAUGCCAUGGUUCACCGUCGGCGGCAUCAUUUGUGUCGUUGCUUCCACGUUGAUGUACGUCGUCAAGACUGACACCAGCACGGCCUGGAUCUACGGGGCCUCAGCCAUGCUCGGUGCCGGCUUGGGAAGUAUCACGCAAGCGGGCUUCUCGAUUGCCCAGGCCAGCGUGCCAGCUUCCAUAGGUGCUGUUGCGUCCUCUCUGAUUGCCUUGGUGCAGACGAGCGGUAUCAACAUCGCGCUGGCGGUCAGUAAUGCUGUGGUUCUGAACAGAACUGAGAAGCGGCCGACUGCGAUUCUGCCGGAUGCUGUCACAGAGGACCAGGUUCAGGCUGCGAUUGCUGGUGUCGGGACGACUUUGCCACAACGCUGCCGCCGCGGAUGCAGCAGGAGGUUCUCGAGGCUAUCGUUGAGGCUCUGA